CGGCAUCCACCUCUUCUCUCUCCUCGCCUUACAAUUCAAACUCUUCCUUCAAUUCAUAAUGCGUUCCUUCUUGUCACUCGCUUCUUUCUUCGCUGCCGGAGCGCUGGCAUCCCACCUCGGGUCUACGUCCGAGGACUGGAGAGAUUAUACAUGGAGUUACUACCCCGAGAACACCGCCGACGAGUUGAAGGAACUCGGACUCCCUUUGCCAGAGAUUGCGGCGCCCAUCACGACGGUUCAUGAGCACGAGAACUAUGUCGUGAAACUCGAGUGUUUGGGUUGCCCGUUCCGGGUGCGAGAGUAUGGUCAGGUCGUCGAGCAUUGGCAGGAGAAUCCGCAGGACAACUCUUUACUAUUCAACUUCUCCAUAGCAGAGGACAAACGCUCUCUCCUCGUGAACGGCAAACAGAUCUACCCCCUCGUCCUACCAGCCAACAUCUACUCCUACCAAGUUCCCGCCAACCUUUCGGCCGAUAUCAUGCGCAAAAUGGUCGACAUGAGGAUGAUGGAUAAAUCAUGGAAUGUCGGCACCCAAUACGGCAGCUUCGAGAUCUCGUUCGAGCAGACGACUAUGAUGACAAAUGAGCGUCUGGUUCAGCUUCUCCAAUUCGAUAUCACGCAUGCUGAAAUCCGAUGGAUUCAAAACCCCGGUGUCGCCUUGCUGAACCAGCCCAAGCAGAAAUUAAUCCAGCUGAAGCUGAGCCAAGAGAACAUGCGAGAGGGCCUCAAGAUCAAGAGCAUUGAGCUCGUAGAGCAGGGCGAAAAGAUAACACAUGCUAAAAUGCCCUGUGGGAAAGAGGCGCCUAGGUUCACUCAAGUCUUCAGGGCGACGGAAUGGGACUACUAUGGCCACAUAGGUACCCUUGCGUGGACCUGGAAGAAGGCUACUGGGGAGGCCACGGACUGGUUAUUCGAUCACACAUAUCUCCUUUUUGCUUUGGUCUUCGUGCUCGUGUUCUUGAGACGCCGCAUUCAGCAGAGGCGCGAGGCGAAGAGGGCUAUUGAGGACCCCGAAGCCGGUUUGUUGAUCAUCGAAGAUGAUGAGGAGGCAGCCCCGGAGCAUGUGCAGGAUGAACAGCAAGUGGAGCCUGAGCUUGAGAAGCUUGUAGCCGAGGAAAAGAUAUCCGACGAAGCCGCACCGGUAAAUGGAGAUGUUGACGUAGUCGAGGAAAAGAAGGAAGAAGAAGCAGAACUGACCGUGUCGGACGAGUCCAAACCCUCUCUCCUCGACUAGUCGUAUAACGCUACUUCUACAGCUUCUGUACUGUUGGUACUACUUUGUAAACUGGCGAACGCACAUAUAAUAUCGUAAUUGCUGUUUGUAUCUGCUCUGACGACGGCUCUAAUUCUAUAUUUUUAGGCCCCGGAAUAUAAAGUUCUGC